ACCCCUUCCUCAAAAGCUCCGCCGGGAGCGAAGCGGGGGGACACACACGGAGUGUGGCAUGAACCGGUGCGAACUCAUUAGCAAAGCAAAGGUUACAAUUAGCGUCUGCUGCUGCGAAGCGACCUCUUCCCCAGCCCUCAUCACGAAAGAAUUGCCAAAAUCUGUUGAUGUUUUUCUUCCACCCGUCAGAAUCCUGGAGCUCUGUCUCUGGCCUCCGGUGUCUGCGGACACCACUCUGGCAUCUCACGAUUGCAGGUGAAGGGGGUGGGUCACAGCGGGAGGCAGGACUGAGGCCUUCCCUCACCCCCCAUCCAUGAGAACCUGCCACCCGAUCCUCUCUCCCCGCGGUGCCCCGGAGCAGCCGGUACCUGCCCUCCCGUCCGGGGUGUCGAUGGGAAAGAGGAUGUGACCUCCAUGCCCGUGCAGGGGGUGUAGCUGCUUCAUGUGCGGGGGGCUGGGGAAAGGAAGGGAACUUCGCUUGCCCUAAAUUUUGUUUUUCUAAAAACACUUCCAUUGAUCCAUUUAUCUCCGUGCGCAAUCGCGGAGCCGUUUCCCACCACCCACCCCCGCAUGUGCGUGCCCGAGGAGCGGGUCUGUCCGCCCCUUACCCACCCCUUUGUUGGUGCUGCAGCAGAAGAUGCAAUUUUAGCUGGCGAUGGUAGUUUUGCUCCGCGACCCCGAGGAAACACCCCCUGGCUUUGUCUCGCCAGCCCCUCCGCACCGGGACGAGAAGAAGGGCGGUGGGUGGACCCCAAGACAGGACCGACAAUCUCCCCCCACUCCGAGGAGAAAUUCCAAUUUAGGACCGUGCUGGUGAGGACACCGAAAGGCAGCUCAGACCCUCCAAACUGUCCGAAGCAGCGGGGCAGUGCUGAGAUGCGUCGAUUUGUCCUGUCUCGACCAAGUUUGUCACCCGCAUCUUGCGACCGAGGGGCUGCGAAGGGACAGGCAGAGCUCGACCCUCCUCUCCCUCUCUGCACCAUGCUCCGUGUCCCCAGGGCCGGCGAUGAGAGAGGGACGCCUAGUCGUGGCCCCGCGCUGUGUAAACGCUGCGAGGCGAGGGGGCACACAAGGAACGCAAAGGACUCGCACCCACGGGAAGGGAGGGUGGGUUGUUAUUUGACUCUAAACGCCCACCUCCCCAUCCGCCCUCAACCCCCUUCCCCGCAGCUGUGAAUUCGUGCCCCUUCGAGGGGAAGAAUUUCAGGAAGGUGUGUGUAAACAGGCCCACUCGUGGGGGCGUACGCGCCGUGUGGGUGUCAGUGCCGAGGUGUGCAAGAUGGCGCGGGUUGCUGCAGACAUCCCCACGGAUGGGAUAGGGGGUUCGAGUCCCGCUCGGCUUCAGUUUGUGCUGUGUGGAGUCGGAGGAGCAGAGGUUCCCACGCAUAGGGUCUGCUCGGAGCAGGGACAUCGCUCUCUUACCGCUGCACUUUCACCCCAACCCUGCGCCUCUGGCAAAUGCCUACUUUCCUCUUGCAGCAGAGUUCGUCUUAGGCUGCUCCCGAAACCCAUCCUGUCCCCUCCACAUCCCUUCCAUCCCUAAAUUGCUCCAGGGCACAGCUUCCAGCUUUGUGCUCGCCCUCCUCCCAGGAACAUCGCCCUCCUCAAUACAAAAUACAAAAGCAAGAGGUGCCCUCGGAAGUGAUCUCUCUCCUCUCUGUGUCUCUCCUACUACUGUGUCUUCCUCCCCCAGGGCAUCUCCCCUUAGCUCACGUCGAGGCAUAAAGCUGAAACGGUGGGAGAAAUUGGUGGGUGGAAGAUUCUAAAUCCAUGGGAAACACAUGGGCUCAACGACCUCGGGAUAACUCGGGUAACUUGGCACUAAACAUGCAAAAAUAUUUACUCACCUUGAAAAUUCAUUUACUCGGUUGUGGGUUUGUUGUUGGUUUCUUUUUUCCCCCCAACAUGUAUUUAUUUAUUUAUUUAUUUAUUUAUUUAUUUAUUUAUUUAUUUAUUUAUUUAUAUUUCUUAAGUCAUCUUUUGAGAUAAUUCAAGCUCCUGUCUGAGGGCUGACUGUAGUAAGCAGGAAGAGGAUGAAAGGGGAAUGAGUUGAUUCUGGAGUGAGACAAAAAUCAAACCACCCUAAACCUGCAGACUGGGGAAGUACUGGACAAAAAGGCUUUCUGUGGCUGACAUUGAAAUAAAGAUCUGGAGAGUGCUUACAAGCCCCCUUAAAGCGGUUUGAAAGCGAUUCCAGCAAUUAGGAAUUAAUUCAGCGUGGUCAAAAGGCAAUUUCACUGCGAGUUAGUCUGAGUUGUUCCAACUUUUACAGAGCUGAAGUGGUGAGGGUGGAGGUGAGGCUGCAGGAAAGGAAAACAAGGAGUGUGCAGGAAAGGCAGAGGAGGGGAAGCGGUGGACCUGGGGCUGGAGGGGAUGGAGAGGCCAUGUUUGCCCCAGGGGUUCGCUGCUGCUUUUGCUGGAGAAGGAGGUGGGGGCAGAGGAGGUGGGGGCCGGGCAAUGUUUUUGGGUUUUGAGUAGGAGAAAGUACUAAGGAUGUGCUGGAAGGCCUGGGUAACAGAAUGAGGAAUUUUCAUUAAAAAAAGGGAUUGAGCAGGCUUACUGGCUGAUUGGUUCUUCAGGUACAGUGCUGAGAUGGGGGUGACCCCUCCCCAGUUAAUGGUAGGAUCCUGAACUAGCCCAGGCAGGGCUGACCCUGGGAUGAUGUGUGGGACCAGAGGCACUGGGAGGGUGUAGAAUGUGGAGGGGAGUAUAAAACCGAGCUUUCACUCGGAGACAAGCUAGCAGUAUAACCAUCAUGGGGAGGAUUUGCCACCCUCCCCAGCCCAGCAGCUCAUGGCAGUGCUGGCCAAGCAGCUGCACUCCCCAGCAUAGGUCCCACAGCUCCUGCCGGGCCCAGCUGGGGUUCAGGCAUUAGGGUUGUUCCUCAUGAGCUCCACGUCGGCAUCCACCAUCUCCCUCACCAGCUCCUGCGAGGAGGUACAGAGGCAGAUGAGGCCCCAGUGCAGGGAAUGGACAAGCAGCACAACACAAUGAGCCCCCCAGCCCCCUGGAGAAGGACAGAGAGGAGACAAGGCUUUUCUGAGUUCUUCCCACAGCAACCCUGGUCCCUUGCUGCUAUGGUGGCUGCUGUCUUCAAUGAAAGGACUCUGUCAGGUUCACUGAAAAAGGGCUUUCUGUGUGGCCAAGUCACCCCACACAGAAGUGCCACCUCCCUUCCCCUCCCUGUGGCUUGCUUUCAGAGGACAUGAACAUGCAGCAGGUACAAAGCACACCAGAAAGGCCACUCACAUCAAACGUGACUCUUGGCUUCCAGUUCAGCUUCUGCCUGGCUUUGGUGCAAUCUCCUUGCAGAAAGUCCUGCAGAGAAGAGAGGUGUGAUAAGCAUCCACCUUCCCCACCUAGACGGACCUCUCCGCUUCCCACACUAACCCAUCAGCCGCUGUUGGGCUCUUUGGAGGACAAAAUAUUUCUCUUCAAGACGCAGUUUUAGUGGCAGCUCAUGUGCCUGUAAAUCACCAGGAGGCAGCAUCCUUUCACCAGGCUAUUUCAGACUGAAAGAGUUAUUAUUAUUUAUUUUUUCUGGGUGCACACAGAGGGUUUGAGCUCCAGCCUCACGGACGUGUGAUGGUGAAUGCUUCAUAAGACGCUGUCAUAUAUCUUAGUCAUGCUCUUGAACAAGCUGUUUCAAAUUCGUUUUUCCUCCCUCCUCCCCCCCUCCACUUGUUUAAAUAAUGUAAAUCACCAAGCAAACAUAACAAUGAGUCUCUUUCAAAUAAAAACAUGAUCACAGGCAGAUGAUGCUGACUGGUAUGAAUAUGGAUAAUCACAUAAGACAGUAGUACACAGACAGCUUUUGAACAUCUACCUAUAUUUUUUUUCCUUAGCAUAUUUUGAGCAUCCACAUGCAAAGAAAGGUCUAAAUAUCUCAUAAAUGAAAAGAAGUUGUCUUGAAACCAUUACAGAAGCCAAGACUUUGGUUAUAUUUGGUUUACUGUUCUUAAAAGUGCUGCCACAACCAAUAAUCCAAAGUAACACAACAAAAUUAAAGACAGACAAAGCCUCCUUCCACUGCAUUUCUGGCUGAAUGAGAAGGAAAAAAAAAGACAAAACAUUCCCUUAAAAAUUCAAAACCAGUGUUUAAAUAUUCUUUUUUCUAAUGGUAUGAGUUGAUUUAAUAAAAUAUAGCAUCUCUCUUCACAAACUUUGCUGAUCUGUAGCAAUAAAUAUCUGUUUAGGUUUAAAGGAAACAAAACUAA